GACAACUGUGAUACCAUGAAUAAACGAGUUCACUACUGAAAGAAUGACAAUCGUAAUAUUCUAACAACUACCUCCGAUACCAUGUCCUUGCGGACCAUGACCUCGGUCGGUUAGCCUCUCGAAGUUGAAGAAAGGUAGGUGGGGGGGCCGAGAAGUCAACUGAAGUGUUAUCGCGUUGACUGAAAUAAAUAAGCCCACUCUCUCUGAUACUCUGAUCGACGACUUCAACAAACCCCUCUCAACAUUUGCCACAAAGAAGCAGCUCGUCCAGGAUCUGUUUUCUGUCUUCUGGCCACAAAACCUCAUUACAAACUAAAUGAGGAUUACAAACUAAAUGAGGGGAGUUGAUAAAGGCACUUUGUUCAAAUGGCUCGAUCUUCACUAAAUGAGAUAUCAGAUUCUGGUGCUUUCACGAGAACUGCUUCAACAUUCCGUAAUUUUAUUUCACGAGAUCCAAAAUCCCAAUUUCCAGCAGAAUUUGGAAGGUAUCAUCUUUACAUAUCAUAUGCUUGCCCAUGGGCUUGCAGAUGCCUUGCAUACUUGAAGAUCAAAGGACUUGACAAAGCCAUUGGUUUCACGUCUGUCAAACCCAAGUGGGAAAGAACAAAGGAAACUGAUGAGCAUAUGGGAUGGGCUUUUCCUGCUUCAAAGACAGAGGAACCAGGAGCUGAACCUGACCCUUUGAACGGAGCAAAAAGUAUUAGAGAGCUUUAUGAGCUUGCUAGUAAAAGCUACACUGGAAAGUACACGGUUCCUGUACUAUGGGAUAAGAAACUUAAAACUAUUGUUAAUAACGAGAGUUCGGAGAUAAUCCGCAUGUUUAAUACUGAAUUCAAUGAUAUAGCAGAGAAUGCAGCUUUGGACCUUUAUCCUCCUCACCUGCAAGCCCAAAUUGAUGAGACUAACGAAUGGAUAUACCAUGGGAUAAAUAAUGGAGUCUAUAAAUGUGGGUUUGCGAGGAAGCAGGGCCCUUAUGAUGAGGCCGUGAAACAGCUGUAUGAAGCAUUGGACAAAUGUGAGGAGUUACUUGGCACGCAACGUUACAUAUGUGGGAACUCAGUGUGUGAAGCAGAUAUUCGAUUGUUUGUCACCCUCAUAAGAUUUGAUGAGGUUUAUGCUAUCCACUUCAAGUGUAACAAGAAACUGAUACGUGAGUACCCGAAUCUGUUCAAUUACAUCAAGGACAUUUUCCAGAUCCCUGGCAUCAGUAGUACAGUCAACAUGGAACUCAUCAAGCGGAAUUACUAUGGAAAUCUUCCUACCAUCAAUCCAUUAGGCAUAAUUCCUGUUGGCCCAAGUAUUGACUACUCUUCCCCUCACGACAGAGAGAAGUUUUCUGCAUAGAUUUUGUGUAAUUGCAGUCAAUAAGAUGAAAUGUCUGUAUCUUGAAGUCACAAGAUUUUCACUUGGAAUAAACACCUCGAGGCUUCAUCUAUCCAAAGGGAAAAUAGAAUCUUUAGAAGUUUGUGUGGUAGUAAUAAUUUUAGAUAAAUGCGAUGAUGAGUAUAUGACUGUGAUA